AUGACAACCACAUCAUCAUGGAAUCAGUUUACCGUUCACGAACAACACAAUGAACAGAUAUAUUGCCUCAUCUUCAAUUACAAAGAUCGACAACGACUACUACCAGAUAUGCCUCCAUUGCGAAGCGGAUGGGUUACUCGGAAUGCAUAUCGAGGCUGCCCUCGUGACAUGAGGGAAGAGACAAAAGAAUGCAUGAGGCUGGCUGAAGGGCAAUUCUCCAAAUCAACAAGUCAUCCUCUCCGUUGUAUCUUCAGUCUCAAUUGUGCAACUUCCAAACAGAUAGUCCAAGGUGAACAAAACAGCAAAAUGUUCUCCAAGCUCUUUAUUGCCGUUACCACCUUGAUGCCAAUUUUGGCCAUGGCGGCCCCCCAGGUUGAUACUACCAUUCAUGCUUCCCUUUGGAGUGAACCAGAUCGGGGAGGUCCCCAACAGAAUAUCCUCGACACCAAUUGCCACGAUCUGGACCUCAACCAUGUUCCUCAAUGUGGCGGACCGGUUUUGUGUACCUUUGGUCUAUAUGUAGCUGACUUCGAGGCCAACCCCCCUCCGGGAUGCUCAGCAGAAGUUGCAACUACUGCCGCCUCUAUCAUCUGCUCCUAG